UCGAACUCUGACCUGCUAGCAGCGCUUGUGUUUCCUCUCAGGAGCCCAUUCACUUCGUACAGUCAUAGGCGUGGACUGUACUUCACGGUCAGGUGUGAGACUUCUCCGGCGCUGGAAUUAUUUAAAACGUUCGCUCGUUUUGACCGGACUCUUAAAGCUUUUAAAGCUUUCACUCGUAUCGUUCUUUUCAUCUAAGAUCGGUUGAACAUGAUAGACGUCACAUGUAAAAGUGACACUGCUUUAACAGCCGUCGCUUUCACUAUCACGUGGUUAAGGACCGUUCUGAGCGAACGGACUGAUUGAACGCUUUGAGGCUCAACGAACAGUUCACUGAUAACUCCUGUGGAAUAGGGAGAUGUUUGCUUUGUUUUUCGUUCAGUUAGUCGCGAACGGUGUGUUUGGUCACACGGAUGAAAUGAGUUCAGUGGCAGUGAUGGAGGGAGAUUCUGUCACUUUAUGUACUGAUCUUACUGAAAUACCGAAAGCUGAUCUGAUCCUGUGGACGUUCGGAUCUGGAAGCACUCGAAUAGCGCAGAUCAACAGAAUGGCCAAUAAGAUGUCGUUAUAUGGCGACGUUCUUGACGAGAGAUUCAGAGAACGACUGAAGCUGGACAAUCAGACUGGGUCUCUGACCAUCACAGACACCACAACUGAACACACUGGACUUUACAGAUUUUUACAGAUCAUUGACGGAAACGAGUUCCUGCCCAAGAAAUUCAGUGUUGUUGUUUAUGCUCUUCUGCCUGUUCCUGUCAUCAGCAGAAACUCUUCACAAUCAUCAUCUUGUUCAUUGUUGUGUUCGGCGGUGAACGUGGGUCAUGUUACUCUCUCCUGGUACAAAGGAAACUCUUUAUUGUCCAACAUCAGUGUGUCUGAUCUCAGCAUCAGUCUCUCUCUACCUCUGGAGGUGGAAUAUCAGGAUAAAAACACUUACAGCUGUGUGAUCAACAACCCCAUCAGAAACCAGACCACACAUCUGGACAUCAGCAGACUCUGUCACACGGGUGCAGCACCAGGUUUAUCCACAGGUCAAAUAGCGCUGGUUUGUGUUUGUGCUCUGGCUGUGGCUGCAGUUUUGUGCGGCAUUUAUUAUUACUUCCAGCGCAAGAUGCAUAAACGAGCAGAUAAGGGUGAUGGACCUGACGAAGAGGAACUCGAGAGCCUACAAAGUGUAGUUCCUGGACACAAUGGAUAUGUUCUUCAGCCAAACUGCGGAGAUGGGGAAACUUGCAAUGUUCCUUCUAAUGAGAACCAACAUUCAGAAAACGGUGCAGUUCCUUUGUUAGCCGCGGCGGCAGACGGUAACACAUCAUGUGGUGGGAAUUCGUCUGUUCAGGAGGGAGAUUUAGAAAAUAGUGUGCUUGUUAAGGAAGAUAUAAUCACAUCGGUGCCGGUGAUCGAGGGACAAUGCGUCACGCUGCACACCGAUCUUAAGGAAAUACGGGAAAUUGAGAUGAUAUGGUGGAAGUUUGCAGAUUCCAAAAAACACAACUGUGCUAAAUUUGUUCUAUUAGCUACGCUGAACAAAACGAACAAUGAGGUUUACACAUAUAAUGAAACAAUUCCACGGUUCAAAGAGAGUUUAAAACUGAGCCAGGACACCGGAUCUCUCACCAUCAAAAGCGUUAAACCCGGACAUUACGGAUAUUAUAAACAACACAUCGCCAGCAAAGAGGAGAUGGUCGUUCAUACCUUCAGUGUCGUUGCUAAAAACGUAAUAAAAGAGCAGACCCAGAACCUUCUCCAGAGAAGUCACACCUGCCCAUGAUCACAACAGAUGACCUUACAGCUUUGAAGACUGGAAUAUUAUCCAUAUUUCAAUUCCACUGACGAAAACAAGAAACGUUUCAACUUUUCUCAACAAUCUAACGACCAAAAAAAAUCUGUUUAU